GUCUUCUCCAUGUCGACCAUGUCACUUUGAGGAAACGACCAAGGCAUCCUAUGUCAACAGCACCACCGCGCACUUCAACAGGUAGAGAUUCGGCCUGAAAUGGCUCCUGUAUCACCCACCGCCGCGGAAGAGUACGAACUUCCAGAGCUCGAUUACGACCAUGACGACCUGCAUCCACCUGAAGACGAAGAACAUGCUCGGUUGCUCCAGACCCAGAAACCACCCCCGGAAGAGGGUAAGCCUGUCAUAGAAGAUUCGGAUGAAAGACCGCUCCUUGGAGAGCUAGAUCAGGAGGUGAUUGGUAAAGGAACAAAGGUCGAGCAGCUCAUAGCCACAACCGUACCUACCACCGAUGACACUUCCUUACCGACUUUAACACCUCGAGUGGUGAUCCUAGGUAGUGCUUUUUGCGCUUUAGGAGCUUCAGCUUCUCAAGUCUUUUACUUUAAAUCCAACGCUCCGUCUUUCUCGGCUUAUUUCGUCAUCCUCGUCACAUAUCCCCUCGGACAUCUUUUGGCCAAUGAAAGACUAGUGAAGCGUGGGAAAAGAUGGAUGGGAUUAGAUUUGAAUCCUGGAAAAUUCAGUAUAAAAGAAGCUCUUCUCGUCAGUGUGAUCUUCUCAUCUGGAUCAUCUUCUGCAUACGCAGCGGACAUAUUGGCAAUUAUGGAUCUUUAUUAUAAAACACCACUUCCUGCUCUUCCUUCAAUAGCUCUUUUACUCACUACACAAUGUGUCGGUUUUGGUUUAGCAGGAAUGGUACAUUCCCUUCUGGUCUCUCCUCCAGCUAUGUACUGGCCAGCCAACCUCGUCACUGUUCAACUGUUUACGACUCUCUACUCUUCAUCCUCCACAGCUUUAUCAGCUUCUGCGAAACUCCUUACCGUACGUCGAUUACGGAUAUUCUUAUUGAUCUUCGCUAUGACUUGGGCGUAUCAAUUUCUCCCUUCUCUCUUGUUCCCCACUCUUACCAGUGUGGCGGUUUUGUGUUUGUUGGAUAAUAAAAGUUGGUGGUUGAGGGUAUUGGGAAGUGGUUAUGAUGGGUUUGGAAUGUUAGACUUUAGUUUCGAUUGGAGUUCUGUAGGGAUGAGUGGACCUUUGUUUACACCUCUUUGGGCUUUGACCAACUUUUUUGGUGGAAUGAUUGGAAUGAUAUGGAUCGUAACGCCAUUGAUGCUUUUGUUUAAUUUUUGGGAUGCCAGAGAAUUUCCUUCACCCGUUUCAGCUGGACUAUUCAAUUCGACUUUCCAAAAAUUCGACGUGACCUCUGUUCUCAAUUCUGAUCUGUCAUUGGACAUCCAAAAAUGGGAAGAAGCUAAACCUCUUUUGUUAACACCUCAUUUUGCACUCACCUACGCUUUAUCUUUCGCAUCUCUAUCCAGCGUCUUAGUUCAUGUUUGGCUUUGGCACUGGGACGAGAUCAAACUUGGUAAUUUCCUUCUUUCCUUACAAUGUAUCCUUAUGCGAUCAUAUCGACCCGUUCCUCAAUCUUGGUACAUGGGACUUCUAGCUGUUAACUUUGGUAUUGCCGUCAUACUUGUCAAAACCACCCCUUUGCAGAUGCCAAUUUGGGCGGUAAUAUUGAGUAUCGCCAUUGCCGCUGUAAGUUAUCACCUAAAUUCUCCAUGUAGUGUUGGGGUCAUCGCCGCUGUGAGCAAUACCAGAAUCGGUCUUGUAAGUUAUCAUUUCAAAGAUAUGGCAAUGUCACAAGCAUUAGACUUGGUGCAAGACCUAAAACUAGGAUGGUAUAUGUCUAUCCCACCGAGAGAAAUGUUCGCAUGUCAGAUAUUGGGUACGGUUUUGGGAGCUUUGUGUAAUUACAUCACCCUAGUCUCCGUCCUAUCUUCCAAACGCCCUUACCUGGACGGAACAUUAGUCGAUCCUACUGGUCAAUGGACCGGUAGAUCCCCUGCUAUAUUUUACUCCGCUUCGGUUAUCUGGGGCGCUGUAAGUCCCGCUAGGUUUUUCACCGGUAAAUAUGUGGUGUUAUAUGGUGGUUUUGUAGUAGGAGGUAUGAUACCUGUGAUUUGUUGGUUGGCACAUAAACGAUGGCCUGGGAAAAAGUUUAAUAAGGUCGUCUUUCCCAUCAUCUGUAGUGGAGCAACUCUGGUCCCUCAAGUCCCUUCCAACACCAUGUUGACGGGUAUAAUAGUCGCCAUUGUGGCGCAUAAAUGGUGGGCUGUCAAGUAUCCGGAAUUAUAUAAUCGUUACAUCUACGUUCUCAGUUCCGCCCUUGACGCCGGGACUUCUAUUUGUGCCCUUUGCGUUUACCUAUUGUUCGGCGUCAUGACCCAAUGGUCUGGUCCUGUAUGGUGGGGUAAUCCAAAGAAAGAUUCUGAACAUUGUUUAUCUGGAUCAUGAGGUAGGUUUAGAUUACAUGAAAUUAGAUUUUGUAUGCAUGUUGUUCAUAG